AUGAGGGUGCUGCGACGUUUGUUGUGUUUUUUUGCUUUCUUGCUGAGUGUUGCCGCUCUCUGCACGUCCGCUAGCGAGGCUGCUGCAGCUGCUGCAGUUGGUCCUAAAGGUGAUCCUGAAUCUCCUUGCCCUUCUGGUUCUGGGUCUAAGUGCCCUCCUACUGCACCUGGUGUUCAUCCCACUGCACCUGGUGUUCAACCUCCUGGACUACUUACUGCUGCUGUUUCUUCUCAUUCUCCAGAUGCUGUUGGUAAAGGUUGUACUCAAGAAAAUGCUGAUCCUACGUGCUCUACCACCGGUAGUGAACCUGAAGCUGCUCGUACUGAUGAUUGUGUGCCAUCUGACAAGAAGAGGUGCCCUAACAAUGAUGGUGACACUCAAGAUAAUUGCCGUGAUGAUUCUGGUGGUGCCUGUACACAAACAGAAAUAAUACCUGUUCCUGAAGGGCCUGGUAAGGGUCCUGGUAAAAUUGGGGAUGAAAAUCCUCAAGACCUCAACAGUGAAAAUAGUUUACCUGAUGCUGAUGGUCAUAGUGAUAGUGGUCCCAGUAAAAAUAGAGAAACCGGUUCUUCUGCGGGUACUGGUGGUGUUGCUGAUGGUCGUACAUCCACUUCUGAAGUUGCUACUCCCCCUACUGCACCUGCACCUGCUCCUUCUACUGCAGGGAACACUACUGUUGCUUCUACUGCAGGGAACAGUGAUGCUCCUUCAGAUAAUCCUCAACAUGCAAACAAUGAAGCAAGUGAAGGUGCACCAUCACCAACUACACCUUCUUCCAGCAGUUCAGCCACAGCAAGUGAUGGUGGUUCUAAUCCUACAUCAACUGAGAAUGAUAAUACAUCUUCAACGAGUGAGUCAACAACCAAUACUGCCAAUACAACCAAUAAUGAGGAAUCAACUACUACCACCACAACAACAACAACACUUCCUCCUGAACUCACAAACAACAAGAAGGGUGAUGCAGACAGCAGCAGCAGUAUCAGCAGUUCUGUGUGGAUACGUGUGCCACUACUGAUUGUUAUUACACUGGCCUGUAUUCUUGUGUGCUGA